AUGCCGCGCGAGAUCAUCACUCUGCAAGCUGGCCAAUGCGGGAACCAGAUCGGCAUGGAGUUCUGGAAACAGCUGUGCGUGGAGCACGGGAUCUCUGCCGACGGGAUCGUGCAGGACUUUGCCACUUCAGGCCACGACCGCAAGGACGUGUUCUUCUACCAGGCGGACGACGAGCACUACAUCCCUCGCGCUCUUUUAAUGGACCUCGAGCCGCGCGUAAUCAACAGUAUCAGUACUUCUGCCUUUAAGAACUUAUACAAUCCCGAGAACUUUUUUGUAUCGAAAGAAGGAGGCGGCGCCGGCAACAAUUGGGCGUCCGGGUACCACCAAGGAGAGAGUCAUCACGACCAAUUGAUGGAGAUGAUUGAUCGAGAAGCUGAUGGAUCUGACAGUCUCGAAGGGUUCGUCUUGUGCCACUCGAUUGCAGGAGGCACAGGCUCAGGCAUGGGGUCGUACUUACUGGAGAACUUGAACGACCAUUUUCCGAAAAAGCUGAUCCAGACGUACUCGGUAUUUCCGAAUCAGUCGGAUUUUCAGAGCGAUGUGGUGGUCCAGCCGUACAAUUCACUGCUUACAAUGAAGAGGUUGGUGCUGAAUGCAGACUCGGUCGUGGUGCUGGACAACACGGCGCUGAACCGCAUCGCAGUGGAGCGAUUGAGGGUGGAGAACCCCACGGUGUCGCAGCUGAACUCGCUCGUGUCAACGGUCAUGGCGGCCAGUACCACAACGUUGCGGUAUCCUGGCUAUAUGAACAAUGAUCUGAUUGGAUUGGUGGCAUCGUUGAUUCCCACUCCACGCUGUCAUUUCUUGAUGACGGGCUAUACCCCGUUGACGAUUGACGCUCAGGUGUCUGCCGUGAGGAAGACGACGGUGCUGGACGUCAUGAGACGUCUUCUGCAACCGAAAAAUAUCAUGGUGAGCACAUCGACAAAGACAGGGUGUUACAUCUCGAUAUUGAACAUCAUCCAGGGUGAUGUGGAUCCCACACAAGUGCACAAGUCGUUGCAACGUAUCCGUGAAAGGAAGUUGGUGCGGUUUAUUCCGUGGGGACCGGCGUCGAUCCAAGUGGCGCUAUCGCGCAAGUCACCGUACAUGGAGACGGCGCACAAGGUGAAUGGUCUCAUGCUGGCCAAUCACACGAGCAUUGGCGCACUCUUUCACAAGCUGCUGCUCCAAUACGAUCGACUGAAAAAACACGGGGCUUUCAUCGAGAAUUACCGGAAGGAACCUAUGUUUGCAGAGAAUUUGGACGAGUUUGAUAGCGCACGCGAGGUGGUGCAGAAUCUGGUAGACGAGUACAAGGCCAGCGAACGCGCAGACUAUGCGACGUGGGGACAGCCACCCCCACACACUGCUACUAGCACCGCAGACGACGUGCGUAUGUAG